AUGUCCCUACUAAACUUCUUCAUACUUCUCCUCAUCGCUGUCACGGCUACUCACAGCUUCAAAUGUUAUCGUUGUGCAUCACCCUAUCCAAUUAACAACUGGGGGCGUUUCAAACUACCAGCUUUUCGUGGAAGUGAACAACAAUCUGAUCCUACUUGCGAAAAUGCCCAUGAGGUGAACUCAUAUGUUGACUGUACAGGAUUAUGUUUGACCAUCAACUUUACAAUGCCCGAGUUUAACCAUACAUUAGGAAUAGUACGAGAAUGUCACAGAUUACCUUCGGACGAGAAAGAGCUGCGAACCCAAACACCAUGUUUCACUGAGGAAGGCACUACUAGACAAACAAGGAAACGUGUGGUCGUAGAGUAUUGCUACUGUCAAGGAGAUUUUUGUAACGGAGUGCCUCAACUUAGAACACUACGUCGCGGUGGAUUACUGUUCCCACGUUCGUCUGUCUCUUCGGUACUUUGUAUGUUGCCUAUCGUUUUUUCUCUCGUCUUUUCUUCACUCAUUUGA